CCACCCAACAAGGUAGCUAGAGGGUAAAGCUAUGAUUCUCAAACCAGGGGCCCUGAAUCAGCCGUAUCAGCGUCACCUGGAAACUUUUAAAAGUACAACUUCCAGGCUCCACCCCAGACCUGCUCAUUGAAGAAACUCUGGAGUGAGGUGGCAAUCUGUGGAUGAACAAGCUCUCCAGGUGUCUCCAAUGCACACUGAAGUUUGAGAACCACUGGAGCAGAGCAUCAAGAUAAAUCUUCCUUAGUGACUUUCCACCUCACUACCUUCCAGUGUUCUCUUAGCAGUGGAAGAACGUUCAGGAUACAACCUUAGACGGCACUGGGCGUGUAUGCAAGACAAGGACCAUGUCUCCAGGAUAAUGCCAGAACCCAGAAUCUUCAGUCUGUGGAACUUGAAGAAUAAAAAUGUUGCCACCAGAGCCCUUUACAAAGCAAGAAGCCCUUAACAAGGAAAAUCUGGCUACCUGCAGCAUGAGGAGCUUAUAUGGACUAAUUCAAGACUAGCCAAUCAACUUCCAAGUUCGAAAUUUCCCUAAUCCCCUAAAUUUUGCCCUGAGACCUGGAUUGAGGAGACAGAUUUGAGAGCCUUAUCUCUUGCCUCCUUGUCAGUUGAACUUGGAAUAGAACUCUUUAUUUUCUCAAAAGCUGGUGCCAGCAUCUUCUGCGCACACUGGGUCAUGAGCCCUUGUUCAGUAACGGUUUUGGGGGACCAGAAAGGGGCUGGGGUCUUGUGAUUGCUUGCUAAAGGCACUUGCCACCAAACCUUAGUGAUCACCUAAACGGAAUUUGUCUGGAGAGUUGGCUGUCCCCACUGCUGCGGUCCUGGAUCAGAUGUCUUUGGGGUUCCUCUGAAUUCAGCCUCCUCCCUGGAUAGAAGCUGUCUGACACUUUGUCCUGUGGGAGUCGUUCAUAUCUGAAGGUGGUGUAAAGGAAUUCAAUAGCCAUGGAUGUGUUAAUGAAAGGACUUUCAAAGGCCAAGGAGGGAGUCGUGGCUGCUGCUGAAAAAACCAAACAGGGUGUGGCAGAAGCAGCAGGAAAGACUAAAGAGGGUGUUCUCUAUGUAGGCUCCAAAACCAAGGAAGGUGUGGUUCACGGUGUGACAACAGUGGCUGAGAAGACCAAAGAGCAAGUGACCAAUGUUGGAGAGGCAGUGGUGACAGGGGUGACAGCAGUAGCACAGAAGACAGUGGAAGGAGCAGGGAGCAUUGCAGCCGCCACUGGCUUUGGCAAAAAGGAUCAGUUGAGCAAGAGUGAAGAAGGAGCCGCCCAGGAGGGAGUUCUGGAAGACGUGCCCACGGAGCCUGACAACGAGGCUUAUGAAAUGCCUUCUGAGGAAGGGUAUCAGGACUACGAACCCGAAGCCUAAGAACUAUCUUUGCUCCCAGUUUCCUGAGAUCUGCUGACAUCCUGUACAAGUGCUCAGUUCCAGCGUGCCCAGUCAUGACAUUUUCUCAAAGUUUUCACAGUGUAUUUCGAAGUCUUCCAUCAGCAGUGAUUGGAGUAUCUGUACCUGCCCCAACUCAGCAUUUCGGUGCUUCCCUCUCACUGAAUAUAUGGUAGCAGGGUCGUUGUGUGCUGUGGAUAUUGUGGCUUCAAAUCUAAAAUGUUAAAGCAAAUUAAAAACACCUAAGUGACUACCACUUAUUUCUAAAUCUUCACUAUUUUUUUGUUGCUGUUGUUGAAAAAUUGUGAGUGAUUUACUAUCAUAUAUUAUAGAAGAUUUUAAGGUGUCUUUUAAUGAUUCUGUCUAAGAAUAAUGAUGUAUUGUGCAAUUUGUUAAUAUAUACAAUACUUAAACAUGUGAGCAUGAAACUAUGCACCUAUAAAUAUUAACUAUAAAAUUUUAUUGUUUUGUGAUGUUUUAUUAAUUCGUGUUUUCAUAAAAAUUGUGACAGCUAAAAUGUUAUGUCAUUACGAAAAUCUUUCUAUCCCAUCUCACUUUAAUGAUAAAAAUCAUGCUUAUAAA